GCCUGCCCCCUCGCCGAUUGGAUGAUCGUCGUCUUCAACGAGCUUCAUUGUCUGAGUGGAGUAGUACGCAGCCUUGGACCGCAGCACCGGCCUUCGUGUCCUUGGAGCAGGUCGAGUAAUCGGUUUAAAAGCAGAGUCGGUGUUUCAGGAGGAGCAGGUAUUUCCUGAAGAAGACUGAACAUCUUGCUCGAUUUUUCUUUGAUUUUGUUUUGUGAAAUAAUUCCCCCCCUUUCUGUUCAGUUUUUUUGUUUUUGUGUUUUAAUUUGGUCUCCCCCUCCCUCCCUAGCGUGUAUUUUUACUACCUUUUGUUUUUGGUACCUUCAGAAUCGGGAUCUGUGAAGUGUCUUCAUGGCAGUCAGAAGGGGACACAUUAGGUACCUGAAAGUUUGCGAGGUUCAGAGCUGCCAGGGUAAUGAAAACAGGGAAGCGCAGCAGCACGGCAGUAAGGGUGCCAGUUCACUGAAGGAAGUGUAUGACAUGUCUAACGGUUACGAAGACCAUAUGGCGGACGAGCCAAAGGAUGCCAGAACCAACCUGAUCGUCAAUUACCUGCCGCAGAACAUGACCCAGGAUGAGCUUCGCAGUCUGUUCAGCAGCAUUGGGGAGGUGGAGUCUGCCAAGCUCAUCCGUGAUAAGAUGGCAGGCCACAGUUUAGGGUACGGAUUUGUUAACUAUGUUAACCCUAGUGAUGCAGAAAGGGCAAUCAGUACUCUCAAUGGGCUGAGACUACAGUCUAAAACUAUCAAGGUAUCUUAUGCCAGGCCCAGCUCUGACACCAUUAAGGAUGCAAACCUCUACAUUAGUGGGCUGCCCAAGACCAUGACUCAGAAAGAUGUGGAGGACAUGUUCACGCGAUUUGGCCGUAUCAUUAACUCCCGGGUCCUUGUCGAUCAGGCUUCAGGUUUGUCUCGGGGCGUAGCUUUCAUUCGGUUCGACAAGAGGGCAGAGGCGGAAGAUGCCAUCAAGAAUCUGAAUGGUCAGAAGCCGCCCGGCGCCUCGGAGCCCAUCACGGUGAAGUUUGCAGCCAACCCCAACCAGGCAAAGAGCUCACAGCUGCUCUCUCAGAUCUAUCACUCGCAAUCUCGCCGCUUCGGCGGUCCUGUACAUCACCAGGCCCAGAGGUUCAGAUUCUCUCCAAUGAGUGUGGAUCACAUGAGUGGCUUGUCCGGUGUCAACAUGCCUGGAAACUCCACCUCGGGCUGGUGUAUUUUCAUAUACAACCUGGGCCAAGACGCAGACGAGGGCAUCCUCUGGCAGAUGUUCGGCCCCUUCGGCGCCGUCACCAACGUGAAAGUCAUCCGUGACUUCAACACCAACAAGUGCAAGGGGUUCGGCUUCGUCACCAUGACAAACUAUGAGGAGGCGGCCAUGGCCAUUGCCAGUCUGAAUGGUUAUCGCCUUGGAGACAAGAUACUGCAGGUGUCGUUCAAAACCAGCAAGUCUCACAAGUGAAGAGGCACGACGGCCGAAAGUUUGCUCGAGUUUUCUGUGGCGAGAGCGAGAAGCCACACGGUCUUCGUUUUUGUUAGCGUGACAGAUUCCGAAGCAGUUUUCAGUUCCUUUAUCUAGGAAAGUGGUUUUUUUUAAUGCUCUGGGAUGGAACUAAUUUGCUCAAAUGUUUCAUUUCUGUCUAGAGACUAACUCGGGUCAUUUUGUUUCCUUUCCUUUUUUUUGAAGGGUGUAUGUUGUCUGUGAAAGUAGCAGAGUAUUUAAAGUUAAAUGUAAUUUUGCCUAGUUUAAGCAAAAAGCAUGCUGUGUCACAAUCUGAUUCCCUCACGCCAUUUGUUGGUCAAUCUUUGACCUGGAAAAAUUUGACACUGCAGACGGUAAUCCUGUCCCUUUACCAGCCCUGUGUUUUUUUCCUGGUGUUAAAUUGUAAAACUGCAACCUGCAUCAAAAGUCCUGCACUAUCGGAGCUGCGUGAGGAAAUGAGUUUUGAGCAUAGCAUGCUUCAGAGGUUUAGAACAAUAUGGAAGAACAGUCUACGUAGGUAUUUGUGAUACACUGGCAGUUGCAUGCGUUUUUAUAUGUAUACAAAGCUAAGGUUUUGUAGGGGACCUAGUCAAGACUUGGAAUACUAUAUAAAGGAGGACCAAAGAGACUGAAGGAAAUUGGGGUUUAAGUGGUCAUCCCUUGGCCAUCCCUUGGUUGUUUACCUGCUAGAUUGGAUUUUGCUGAACCUUCACUCCAAAAAUGUUUAGAAAUUCACAAGUCUGGUGUUUUUCCUUUCAUUCAAACAUUUGAGCGUCAGGAGAGGUUGUUCAUCCCUAAUAGCCAGUUGUUUGAAGUCCAACUUUUGUUUUGUGCUAUGAAAGUGAAGCUCUUCACAGUUUACUGUGGUAGUUUGAGAACUGAUCCAUGUUUUUGAAACUGCCUUGAUAUUUUUUUUGUUUCUUCUGCAUUUAUGACCAUUAAAUUUUUGUUUUGCUGACAUUUUUGUUGUUUUUUUGUUUUCUUUUGUUUUUCUUUUUCUACAGGCAUUUAGUUGUAGUUUGUUUUACUGGGCCAACAUGAAGAGGACAGACAUAGGAGAACUUUACCAUCCCUUUGCUUCCUGCUUUUAAAAAUGCCUGUAGGCGUGUUACUAUUGUCCAUCGGACAGAGUUACAGAUAAUUACAUAACCUUUUGAAUUGCAUGAUCUGUUGGUUUGUAAGCACACAGUGAAUUAGUGGCAGCAUACAAUUUUAUCCCUUACUGUUGAACUGUUAAGUGUUUACAGACAAACCUUCGGAGACUCAGCGUUGAUCCACCUUAAAAUGUUUUUUUUUUCCCUUUUUAAUGCUUAAGUACAGCUCACUCACAUGGUCUGUAAAUGUUUUUUGUUUUUUACCCUUGCAGAUGAAUUCAUCGCAUAAAUCUUAAAUAUAACACAGACUUCAAAAUAGUUUUUUGCCUCAGCUUUUCAAGUCAAAUGAGUUGUUCUUAUUUCCCCCAAGUCGAACCCUGCUAAAAAGCUGUUUUAUUGCCGAAAGUAUGUGGGUGAGCCUUUAAUCUUGAGGUCAUUUUACAUUAUCUGUGUUUGUACUCUAGUAUUGUUCACUGUUAAGCGUGCAUAGUACACCUGUAGUUGACACCCUCCUCUAGAUGUAAGAAUUUAUACAUCUGUAUUUUGAAAGAACAGACAUGCACAGGUCAGCGUAGUUUCUCUCGUUCAUAAAGCUGAAAAGGUCUCCAUAACUAAAGACACUGCUCUAGUAACUUUCGGUUUUCCCAGUUUCUCUUCUCGUGAUCACUCGUUAUAUUUUAUAGGGUUUUUUUUUUUGGACAUUUUUCAUGCAUUCCUUUAGCUUGCUGUGGAAGAAAUGUGUACCUGGUUUCAUUAUAAGUUUUAAAUAGUACUACUUAGUACUGUAAGGUUGACAUAGUCUUACCCCUUCAGCACGUUUUAUUUUUUUAACAUUGUUGUAUGACUUUUUUUAAGAACUGGAUUUCAUAAUGUAUCACCGUUUUUUUACCCUUAUUUUAAGAUCAGGAACAGUGCUUUGGCUGUUGGUGGCAAACACCUAGGAAGGAUUUAUUUAUUUUAUAUAUUGUAUAUUAAAAUUUGUAAACUUAAGGUUUUUUUUAUUAUUCGAUUUGCGUUUUGGGGGGUUACGUAUUUAAGGUAAUUAUGUUCACGUGUAUUGUCUAAUCACUUUUCCUGAAAGCUGAAGGAAAAAUAAAGAUGAUCGCUUAUG